CUCCGGAGCGGGGCUGCCGGCGGCGGUCUCCAGCCCCGCACGGAAGCAAAGGACGGUCCGCUGUCUCAUGCCUCGCCUCGCUGCUGUGCCCCGGUAGCCGCUGCUCCCGCAGGAUGGCAGCGGCCUCGUUCCGCUACGGGCUGACCAUCACGGGCGCCGUGCUGCUGGUGACGGGCACGCUCUGCUUCGCCUGGUGGAGCGACGGCGAGGUAGGCUCGGCCGGCGGGGCUCGGCUGCUGCCGCCCCGGGAUGCCGAGCCCGUGCCCUCCUCCUCCUCCUCCUCCUCCUCCUCGUCCAGCGCCCUGCUGCGCUCCGUCAGCUUCUUCUGCUGCGGCAUCGGCGGCAUCCUGCUCAUCUUCGGCCUCCUGUGGUCCGUCAAGGCCAACGCCAGGGUGGUGUCGCGGCGCUACCAGUACCAUUUCCCCCGGGACCUGCAGUACUUCACGGCCGAGCCCGCGGAGAAGUGGAACUGCAGCUCCUGGGACUCCAGCGCCAUCCCCACCUACGAAGAAGCCCUGACCUGCAGACCAGCCCAGGCUGCCCCGGCCUUUGUGCAGCCGCCGGGGCGGAAGGAGGAGCCCACGCCGCCCCUGUACCGCUACCUGGGGGAGGAGGAGGAGGAGGAGGAGGGCUGGCAGGGCGGGCGGCGGCGCAGCUCCUCGGACAGCGCCCUGUUCCGCCCCAGCCCGUCCUGGCUGGAGCCGGCGCAGCCCCCGGAGCCGCAGGGAACGCCGCCCCCCAGCUACGAGAACAUCAUCGAGAGCAGCACCGGGAACAGCACCGGGAGCAGCAUCGGGAACAGCAUCGGGAGCAGCACCGUGCGGGGGCUCUGAGCCCGCCAGCCCCGCCGGGACUCUGCCGGGGCUGCCCGGCCCCCCAGCUGUACACGGAGCCCCAAACCCCGGGAUGGGGCACAGGAGGGUGGGCGAGCACUGGGGAGGCUCAGCCCGGCUCUCCCGGCUCUCUGGUGCUGGGAGAUGUGUUCAGAGCAUCAGGGGUAGCUGGCAUGUUUGAAAGCUUUAGUAUUUUUAAUAAAAGCACUGCUGGUUUCAGAGGCUUCGCAUUCCCUGCUCGCCCUGGGGAGCUCCUGUCAGGCCUGCCCACUCAAUAAUAAUAAAUGUGCAGCACGCACUGAGUAAUCUGGGCAGAGAAAGCCCAGCUCUGUCUGCACCACUCACGUCCCUGUGAGUGCCCCUUCCAGCCCUGUCUCCAUCCCUUCCACCUUGUUUCCCUGAAUGCUGACUGCCCACGCCUCACUUCCCUUGCUGCUGGCCGUGCUCAGUGGGUCGUGCUGUGCUCAGAGCAUCCCAGUGCACUCGGCCUGUCAGCAGCCUCCUGGAGAGGCCAUCCCGAGUGGCACAGCCAUCCUGAGCGGCACAGCCCCCCUGCCCUGCUGUGCAGCCUUGCCCAGAGGAGAUGCCAGCUGUGGCAGGGCUGCUGCCAGUUCCUGCAUCCCACCACAAUUCAGCGCUGCCCUGGGCCCCCC